UGAAUGCUGAUUGGAUAUUUGUGUGGAGGUCAGUUGGUGCUGCUGUUUCUCGGAAAACGCACGGGCAUUUCCGGUUCGUGUGGGUGCGAAUCUGGAAUUUCACGCGAAGGACGGACCGAGUGGCCGUGGUCGCUGGAGACUGAGGGAAGUCACAGGGUCGGCGGUGUUGUGUCGGUUUUUAACGUAAGCCAUGAAGAAUCAAGAUUCUGAAAGCGGGUUCAGUCCACCUGCUGAUGGUCAUGAGGGUAUAAUGGUUGGUGGUUUAUCCGCUGAAGGGACAGAUAUUGUUGGCAGAGAGGAUACUCUGGAUGUUGCUCAGUCUACUGGACCAGAAACCAAUUAUGAAAUUUGCAAAAAAUCAGAUGAUCAGAACGGGCUUGAUCCAAACCAUGAUAAUGCAAGCACCAGUGAUGACAUACUGAAUGGGACAAAUGCAGAAGAUAGCAGUGAGUCAUUAGUUGUUCAAAAUCCUUCUGCUGUAAAUGGCUUGCAUAAUCUCCCAACUGAACCUUCAACAGCUGAUGUUUCAGAUGAGCUUAGUAGACAGCUUGAAGACAUACUGAACACAUAUUGCUGCAAUCUGGCUGAACAGGGUUCUACUGUACAACCUGAGGAGUCACCUGAAAUGGAAGAAGCAGAAAAAUGUGUAAAUAGAGAGCCUCUGAGAAAUGGUGUGCGGGAGAUUGUAUGUGGGGGAAUAAGUGAAGACAUUGAAAAGGCUGUGAAGGCAGAGGCUCGUGUGGAAGAUGUGAAAGAAAAUGGAGAUAUUCCUAACAACAAGGAUCAGAAAAAAGCUCCAGAAAAGAAGAAAGCCAAAGCAUUAGGAAAGGAAAUAACAUUGCUGAUGCAGACACUGAAUACUUUGAGCACCCCAGAGGAGAAGCUUGCUGCACUUUGCAAGAAAUAUGCAGACAUGCUUGAAGAGCACAGAAAUACUCAAAAGCAAAUGAGACUUCUACAAAAGAAGCAAACGCAGAUCAUCCAAGAGAAGGAUCACCUUCGGAAUGAGCACAGCAAAGCUAUUCUGGCACGCAGCAAGCUAGAAAGUCUAUGUCGUGAGCUGCAACGCCAUAAUCGAACUCUUAAGGAAGAAGGGGUUCAACGUGGGAGAGAUGAAGAAGAGAAACGCAAAGAGAUCACUUCUCACUUCCAGGUCACUCUAAAUGAUAUCCAGACGCAAAUGGAACAACAUAAUGAAAGGAAUUCCAAACUGCGCCAGGAGAACAUGGAACUGGCAGAGAAACUGAAGAAACUGAUAGAACAGUAUGAGUUGAGAGAGGAGCAUAUUGACAAAGUAUUUAAGCACAAAGACCUGCAGCAGCAACUCAUUGACGCCAAACUCCAGCAAGCACAGGAACUGCUGAAAGAUGCAGAGGAGAGGCACCAGAAAGAAAAAGAAUAUUUGUUAAAGGAGACAGUGGAGAGCCAAAGGAUGUGUGAGCUCAUGAAACAGCAGGAAGUUCAUCUGAAACAGCAGCUGGCAUUAUACACUGGAAAGUUUGAAGAAUUCCAAGCUACACUUUCAAAAAGUAAUGAAGUUUUCACAACCUUCAAACAAGAGAUGGAAAAGAUGACAAAAAAGAUCAAAAAACUGGAAAAAGAGACCACCAUGUAUCGUACCAGAUGGGAAAGUAGCAAUAAAGCACUGCUGGAUAUGGCAGAGGAGAAAACCCUGCGUGACAAGGAAUUUGAAAGCCUUCAGGUAAAGAUUCAGCGCUUGGAGAAAUUGUGUCGUGCUCUUCAGACUGAAAGGAAUGAUCUGAACAAAAAAGUUCAUGACCUCAGUGUUCAGUCAACUCCACAAGAUGGCAACAGCAAAGAGAUUGGGGAAAAGGAAGAAGAUAUGCAAUCCGUAAAUAAAGUUUCCCCAGAUAAUCAAAGCAAAGAUUACACUGCCGAUGUUUCUGCAAAGGCUGAUUGCCCAACUCAAGAGACUCUGCACUCGACUGAAGUUUGUGUUUGUGUGACCAAGGAGGUACAGCCACCCAUGUUUGCACAUAGUCAAGUGGAAACUAACAUUGAAGCUUGUAGCAUUCAGUCUGAAAUAUUACCAUCCAGCAGCUCUGUGGAGUAACUUAUUGCCCCUGUAGGGAGGGAGAAUAUGAACAGAAGGGCACAUCUAAAAAUUGCUGUAGUCCAAAAUCCCAUGUACUAACUGAAAGCACUAUGGUUCAUAAAGCUCAGAUUUCUAUGUUUUGGAUGAAAGUAUUAUUCAUUAAUUAGUGACAUAAUAAGUUAGUUAUCUUGAAGGCUUAAUGACAGUCACAAUCUGUUUUACCAGAUAAAUGAGAAUUUUAAGUGAGGGAAAAGUGUUGGGUUGCUUGUGUGCAAAGAAAGGAAGCGAUCAGAAAAGAUUAGAGAUUUCAUGAAAGAAGAUAACACAAUUGGAAAUUCAGACCAUUUUUCCUGGCAAAGUUUUAGAAGUCUAUUUAUACAUUCCUUAAGAUGAUUGCAAUUUGUUGCCCUCUGUUAUAUAAGUAAUUGUUAUGUCCUUUCGAGAGCAUGAACUGCCCUUCAGUUCCCUUCAUUUUAUUAAUCCCUUUUACCAACUGCAAAAGGUAGUUCUCAAUCACCGGUGUUGCUCCUCAGUCAUUUAGAAGGCAUGCAAGUGAAAUGGCAAACCUUGGCUUCUUUCUCUCUCUCCCCCACCCCCCCCAUUUAAUGGUAUGGUAGUGGAAAUGAACCUGGCAGAAUGACAGGGAAGGAGGAAGAGUAUGAAUUGAAUCUGUCUCUCAAAUUUACCAACUGCUGUAUUGUACUUUUUUAAAUUAACCUUGCAGCCUGAUCACGUUUGAGUUGCAAAACCUACUUUGACGGGGGGGCUUAAGAAGAAUAAAUAGCUUGGGGCAUGUCUGUUGAAAGAUAUUUUGCUGAGACAAAUGUGAUUCAAUAUUAAAUUUAAUAGUGAAGUUGGGCAUAUCACUGUCAAAAAGCCUUUGAGGGCAUGUUCUUUGCUAAUCAAACUUUGUAUGAAGAAGUAAAACCGCUUCAUAAUCAAAACAUGUUUUUAAAACCAUCUUUACACUUGGUCUUUUUCUUGCAUUCACAUAAGCUUGUUUCCAUAUACUUCUUGCAAUAUCCUUUUUAGAUGAGGGUUCAAACAAGACUUUUUUUUUAAAUGACAGUCUCGAUAUGUCUCAAGUAAAAUCUCUGCCUGAACUUUUAAUGCAGAUUUUUUUCUGUGAAGUUUGUAAUUCCAAAUAUUACCCAUUUGGAUAGUGCUUAUGACAUUGACUUUUUGAAAGACUUGAUUAGUGAUAAUUGAUGUAGCCAUACAAUGCUGAUAAACCUGUGACCAUUUAAUUGAAUUGUGUAAUGACAUUUUCCACAUAUGAUCUUCAGUUUGUUCUGAAGCUUCCAUUGUUAAAGAUUUUUGUUUUGACAACCUCUAUCACUGAUGUAUGGUGUUGGUUUUCCCUUGUAACCACAAUAUUGGCUACCAAAGAAAAUCUUUCAUAAUACGUGGCAUCCAAAGUGCUAGUAACUGAAUUGUAGAGGAUUGUGAUGCAAAAUCUCUUACAUUGCACAAACUUGAGUUAUUUCAUUACAUUGAAGAAAUGCUGGACCUUUUGGAGUUUCUCUGAUUGUCUAGGAAUUAAUUUUGAAAUUUUCUUUAGCAGAUCCUCUUUCACACGCACACAUUGGUGCUGUUGGAUUAUUUGCUGUUAAAGUUUGAUAUGUUUACCAAUAAGUUUUGGAUAGUUUGGGCCUAUUUCAUAUCAUUCAAACCUUUAACGUUUUGUGGAUUGAUGCAAUUUAAAAUCUCCAAACAAUUGAACAUAAGUUCCAGGGAAUCUUAAAGAAAAUACCAGAACCUUCACUUUACUGUCGAAGCAUAAAUGAACUUCUCUCAGGAAGUAAUAACUCUUUUCCAUUUAAUGAGAAGUGCUAUAACUUUUCAUUUCCCUUCAGGUUUCUCAAUGUGUUCCUGUCAUUUUGCUUGGAAUGGGGAGCAUAAAGUUGCAUCAGUACUUUCUACCCACAGAUAAUACUGCUAUGUAAACAUACUGUAACACAGAUCUGCUACAGUUAGGUGUGAUCAAUAAUGAGCUCAGUAGUUUUACAAAAUUCUUUAAGAAUUUGAUUCAGCAAGGUUGCCAAAAUGUGUUGAAAUCAUGUCAAUGUUUGGGUUCCCCUUCAAAGGGAUCGAACAACCAAAACUGUCAAAGUAAAGAUUGAAAGACAGAAAACCUAUUUCUUUAGCACUGUGUUUUUAAAGAACUUGGUUCUAUGGUCCGGUUUAAUGGUCAGAGUGGAAUACGGUUACGGAGAAAUUAAACAUGAUACUUGGCAGUGAUCAUUUCAGCCUGUAUAUUGGACCAGUUAUUAUUCAGUAAAUGAUCUUACACUAUUUCAAAAUGUUAUAAAACAUCUCCCAAGUAUUAUGAAAAUUAAUUAGAAUGGGAAAUUGUUAUAAAAAAGCAAUUUCAGUCAGAAACAGCAAUUUAAGAAAUAAUAAUCUAAUAAUGCAUUAUCAAGUUGGAAGGUAGAUGGAAUGCAGUGCCAAGAUUUUGAAUAUAUGCAUAAAUAUCAAUGUGUAUUUCAUCAGAAUCAGUCAUCACAUUGUAAUGUAAGAAUGCAUGCUACUUAGUUCACUCCUUGUAAGGUACCUGGUGUACAUUUGUAUGUAUGAUGUGUAUGCAUGCGGUUACUUUGUACCAUGUGUGCGUGUUACAAUUGAACAAUUACAAUUCACUUUUAUUAGCAGUGUUACCAUUAACCUAAAGCUGGCCCAUUCAGUCAUGACACAAUCUCUCAUAUCAUUCCAACCACUAUCAUUAGUAUAUUAUUUCUGUGUUAUCUGACGGGCGAAAUCAGUAUAGUGUGUGUACCAUUCAAUCAGUCCAUAGAAUUGGAAUGUUUCCUCUUCUCAGGAACCAAAACACAAUGCUGAACGUUGCAAUUUUCAAUAAAUUUAUUUGAGAACAUUGUAUUGCCAUCUGUGCUAAUCACCUCCCAAUUACCUUCACACUGUGAUAAAUUAAUAACUGCACAGUCUUGAUAUUUUCCUUGAAUGUUGCCAUAAAAAUUCAAUACGAUUUGCUUAACAUAAAUGAAUGAUGAUGUGGUUAGGUUAUGCGAAACUCAAUUUCUUUGCAUUGCGCAUAACCAAGUGUGGAACAAAGAUGGUUUAUUUAACCCAUUGCUGAUCAAUCCAUUAUUCCUGCAUGAACCAGAACCUGAGUUGUCCCAUCCCAAAAAGGAUUAUUUGAACAGAAUUAAAAGUAAUAUUUCAUCCUGUGUCAUACUGCAUGUCUGUGACCCUUUGCUCAUUAGAAGAUUCAUCAACAAGCAAUAGAAGUUCAUUGCUGAGAUGUUGCUUAAUAUUCAUGUGAACAGAGACUUAAUUGCAAUUAUUUUUGCAAUGUGGUGUUUCAUUUUGAUUCUUUAACUAAUCUUUGGAAUAUUGUCCCUGAGAGUAUAUAGGUGUAAGUUUUGCUUAGAUUUUAGUACACCAGUCUAAUGUGUAGAAAAGGUAGAACAUGCAACUAAUUUUGACCUUUUUAAGUGGAUUGUCACGUUUGCUUCAGAAAAUGAAUGUCUCCAAUAAUUGAUUUCAUCAGUCAUAUUUUGCAUUUUGAUUCAUUUAAAUUUGAGUUUUGUGGUUCUUGGCAUUUGGGCAGUUGUUUCAUUUGUUGCCUGUCCUUAUUUGAAUUGCGAAUAUGCCUUUAAUAUUAUAUGAGUUUGCUGAGCUAAUUCAGGGCACUGAAUCAACUACCACAGUAUGGAUUAGAGUUUCGUUCCGAUCACAUCUGGUAAAAGACACCCUUCCAUUCACUUAUGAAAGUUAGUUUGUUUAAAGAAGUCAUUCUUUUUCCUCUGGUCACAAAAUGAUCAAAUUUAUUGAAUUCACCUUUAAUUACUUUUCAUGAUAGAAUUUGACUUGUGCAUCACUGAACAGCACAUCCAGUACUAGAAUUAUUACACCACUGUAAUCACAUGAUGAGAAAUUGAACCUUGAAGCAAAAUGAUAUCCAUCCUAAGAUUUUGGAGAUAGAAGAGAGAAUUUACAUCAAACCAUUUAUCAGAUGUUCUCUGUACAAGACCUUUUAAAAACAAAAGCCUGAACAAUGUAAGGGUUUCUGGGCUUUAUUGAGAUAGGCGAAGCUGAUUUUAAAAUGCAUUAAAUAUAGCUGUCUCUGUAUUAAUAAUGUUUUCCUUAAGUCACUAAAGCAUGAGAGUUGGAAGGAUACUUUGUUAUUUAAUUUUGGCAGAUUAAUUUUGUGUUGAAGAAUCCGUACAGUAUUUUGAAAAUAAGACCACUGUCUUCCUGCCUCAGUCUGUCGAGGAAAAUGAUUUAACUUUUUGACGAUUUGCUCCUUUCUCAGAUAUUGUCUGGGGAAAAUAAGAAUCCCAGCAUUCCAGUUGUUAUAGAUGGAAAUGAAUAUUUAGAACAGAUAACUGUUCACAAUGUAAUUUCUUUCCCAGUAGGAUCAAUAUGAUCAGGGCCUUGUCCUAGACACUGCAAGGGUUUUGAAGCAAGCAAUACUUCUGAUAUUUCAUAAACAAGAUUGUGAUGAUCUUUCAUGUCCACAAAUUAAUUCUUAAAUUGAAUUUGUUCAUAGAGUCAGAGUGUUAUACAGCACAAUUCAUCUGUACUGACCAGUUUCCCAAACUGAUCUAGCCCCAUUUUCCAGAAUUUGGCCCAUAUCCCUUCCUAUUCAUGUGCCCAACCAGAUGCUUUUUAAAUGUCGUAAUUGUACCAGCUGCCUUCCACCUCUGGCAGCUAGUUCCAUGCACGCACCACCCUCUAUGAAAAAGCUGCCCUCAGAUCCCUUUUAAAUCUUUCCUCUUUUGCCUUAAAUCUAUGCCCUCUAGUUUUAGACUCCCCUACCCUGGAAAAAAGAUCUUAGCUAUUCACCCUAUCUGUGCCCCUUAUUAUUUUAUAAACCUCUCCACCUCUACUCCACGGAAAAAAGCCCCAGCCUAUUAGAUAAGCACAUGGAUGAUUUUGGGAUAGUGUAGGGGGACAUGCUGAGAAUAGUUCACAGGUUGGUGCAACGUCAAGAGUCGAAGGGCCUGUUCUGCGCUGUAUUGUCCUAUGUUCUGUUGAUCCUGUCCCUAUAGCUCAAAUCCUUCAAUGCUGGCAACAUCCUUGUAAAUAGUUCUGAACCCAUUCCAGUUUAACAGCAUCUUUUGCAUGCAGUACAGUAUACCUGAAAUGGCCUCACUAAUGUCCUAUACAGUUGCAACAUGACAUCGCAACCCCUAUACUCAGUGUAAUGAUACAAAACCUCCCCCUGUAAUUUGAGGUUUUAACUUCAUCAGAGUCCUUCAAGUUCUGCUUUGAUGCUUAGAUUGAAAUGCUUUUUAUGAAAUAAUUAUGGAAUGUAAGUGCACCGUUGGCAAGAACAAUUAAUUCAAUUGAUGUAAUUUAUGCCUGACCACAAUAAGGAAAUAACUGCAAUGGCUGUCAGAUCACUUUGAGAAGGGAAUUGAAAGGCUGUAGAAUCAUAGAGAGAAGUUGUGACAAUCAGAUCAGCCAACCAUUAUUUUGUCAAAUGGCAGAGCAAUUGAGGGUCAAAUGGCUUACUCCUAAUUGUUGCGUUCUCAUGAUAAUGUAGAGAACCUUAGUUUUUGAUCUCAUCCCUGAAGAUGGCUAGACAGUUACAUAAAAUGGUCAGAAAGGCACAUGGGAUCCUGCCUUUAAUAGCACGGAUAUAAGAGCAGUUUGCUGCAGCUAUGUAAACACUAGUUAAGCUGCAGCGUUAAUGCUGUGUACAAUUCUGGUCACCACGCUGACUUCCCUAGUGCAAAUGUGUUGUUCCUAAAGAGAUUUACACUGAUGUUGGUAGGCCUGGAGGAAUUUAGUUAUAAAGAAAGAUUGUCCAAGGGCUGUUUUCUUCACGAGAGAAGCCUGGGGGGAAAUCUAAUUGAAAUAUCUAAAAAUAAGGGAUUUGGAUAGAGUGGAUCAGAAGCUCAAGUUCCCUUGGUUGAGAGGGGUCCGUAACCGAGAUGCGUAGAUUUAUGAUAAGACUUAGGUGGGAGCAUUCUUCUCACUCAGAAGGUGGUGGGAAUCUGGGACACACUGCCUCAAAGGGUGAAAAUCCUCAUUUAAGAAAAAUACCUGGGCAUCUACUUUCUAUUCCAGAAUGUGCGGUUAGGCUAGAAGGUUCCUUGUCAGCCAGCAUGGACACAGUGGGCCAAAUGACCAUCUUCCUGUUGCAUAUUUCUAUGAAUCUAUCCUGUUAGAAGUUUAAUUUUCUUAGCUACCCUAAAGAGUUUUCUUUUGCCCCAAGGUGACUGCAAAUAAUCUACACAGUGCUAAUUGUAAUAAUCCUAUUUUCUCAAAACAAUUGCAUGUAUUCUUAAGGAUAGAAUUAGUUAUUUGAAAUAUUUUGUAGAAACCAGAAAUAUAAUUGAUGGCAAUUCAACUUUUAUAAGUUCCAUUAUCUUCUGGUGUUCAUGAAAAUCAAUAUAGUGUCAGUCAACACUUGAAGUUGUAUCAAUGUUGAGCUUGAUGUAUUUGCAAUGUUGAAACAUUAACUAUUUCAUGAUGCACUAAGAUAAUUUGGCCUUUAAUCUGUAAUAUAGAAUCCAAUAAAGGUGUAUCUCAUCA